AGAAAAAAAGAAAAAAAAAGGAAAGAAAUUGAAUUUAACAAGAGACAUGACUUUUCCCCUUUCUUCCUCCCUCCUCGGAAGUCGUUGAAAUGGCACUCGAAACUCAGAAUCUCUGAUUUUAUCCCAAACUACUCGCCGUCGCCGGGAUCCACCGCCAUGGAAUCGAGCGUACUGGAGACGAUCGGUGUCGAGAUCAUCGGCGUCAUGUCUCCGGUUUCAAUUUGUAUGCUUCUCGUCGUUUUAUUGGUCUAUUCCCUCUCCUCAGCCGACCCUCUCGCCUCCGCCUCGAUUCGCACCGCCGCCAAUCUCGUCUACCUCGAGACCCCUUCCGAUUCCACCGCUCAGAAGCUCGAAGGUGCCCUUCUCAAUGCCUUGGUCUUCGUCAUUCUCAUCGCCGUUGUUACCUUCCUUCUCGUUGUUCUUUACUACUACAACUUUACCAAUUUCUUGAAGAAUUACAUGCGAUUUUCUGCGUUUUUCGUGCUUGGUUCCAUGGGAGGCUCCAUCUUCUUGUCUAUUAUCCAGCAUUUUUCUAUACCGGUUGAUUCGAUUACUUGUUUUAUUUUAUUGUUCAACUUUACGGUGGUGGGAGUGCUGGCGGUGUUCUCAGGAGGAAUCCCUAUCAUCAUGAGGCAAUCGUAUAUGGUGUUUUUGGGGAUAAUUGUGGCUGCUUGGUUCACCAAGCUGCCUGAGUGGACUACUUGGAGUUUGCUUGUAGCUUUGGCUCUUUAUGAUUUGGUGGCUGUUUUAGCACCUGGUGGACCUCUUAAACUGUUGGUGGAGUUGGCCUCGAGCAGGGACGAAGAGCUUCCCGCUCUGGUUUAUGAGGCUCGGCCUACAGUGUCAAGGGGUCCGGAGAAUCGGGGGGGAUUGGGACUUUUAGUUGCUGGGGUCUCAGAUUCUGGAUCAAUAGAGCUUCAGGCACGUCCAGAUAGCAAUUUGAACCGUAAUGGGAAUGAAAACCUUCGUAAUUCUGAUCGCCCUGCUGCUGACAAUCAGAAUUUUCGGAGUGAAGAGGUUGAAAGAAAUGGAGAUGAAGGGGAAAGGUCGCCAUUAGUAAGUUACAGUCGAGAAAGGCACUCAUCAGAUAGUGGAUCAUCUGGUUAUUCAACUGGAGUUCUUACUCCAGAAAUGAGACGCCACUUCGGUAACAGAGAAACGGAAAUCCAUGUUGAUGGGGAAUUGUCUCCUCUGGUUGAAUUGCCAAGUUUGCGAAACCAGAUAGAAAUGGAAAGGGUUGUCCAAACUGAGGUUACAAGUAGAGGUAUUAGGCUUGGUCUUGGGGACUUUGUGUUCUACAGUGUCCUCGUGGGUAGAGCUGCAAUGUAUGAUCUUAUGACAGUCUAUGCUUGUUAUCUUGCUAUCAUCUCAGGACUUGGAUGCACUCUCAUUUUGUUAUCCGUGUGUCAUCGAGCUCUGCCUGCACUUCCCAUAUCUAUCACUUUGGGUGUCAUGUUUUACUUCUUGACUCGGUUAGUUAUGGAGCCGUUUGUUGUUGGAACUGCCACAAAUUUAAUGAUGUUCUGAUUCUACUUUUUUGCCGCCCCAGAGUUUAAAUCCCAAUUUAGGAAAGGUGAUGAUUUCAUAGAUACUGGAUUUAAUGACAGUGGAAAUGAAUAUAUUCAUAUCGAAUUCCUUUUCUCCUUGUGCAUCUUAAAUGUUUUGAUGGUAGAUUUUAAGCUCAGCAAUGCUUACAGGUCACCAUAUCUAAACUGUUCAAAGAAGCUACUACAUGUCAUCAUAGUGAUUUUUAAGUUCUCAAUUAGAUUUCAAUUACUCUUUCUUCUGUAAUUGUAUUCUUCGUAAAUUUAUGUUUCAUUCUCUGUUCAUACAAAAUAGAGACGCAGUUUAAUCCCAAAUUCACAUACUACUUCUAUGUUUGACUGAACAAAAAGGGCAGGAAUAGAAAAUAAGGGGGUGGGUCUUUUGAAAUUGUCUUUGAAUGCCUAUGCAGCAAAAUUACACGGCUGACAACCAUCUUGGGCUGUACUGUUUUUUUCCCCCCUAUUAUUUUGUCGUCGAGGAAUAAAUGUUUCAAUUGUAUGAUGAAAUAUACAAAAGGGGAGAUUGCACACAGGGAGGGUUACAAAACAACCCUCCAACUCAUCAAAAGGGGAGAUUUGUAAAAGACAUGUAAUAACACAUACACCAAGAUAAGGCCAUAACCAAAACAUCAUUAAGUAAUUUGUGGAAAACCGGGAAUUUUUCAUUGAAAAACAUGUUGUUCCUUUAUCUCCAAAUACACCAGAGGGAGGCUCUAAUGAGUAGGGCCAGAGAAUUUCCUUUUCCUUCUUGAAAGGAUGCCCCACCAAUAACUCCUGAAGAAGGCUGUUAAUAGAUUCCAUCGAUAUGGCUCCAGAAUUUGCUAGCAAAAUUGCAUGAGAUGAACAAGUGCCCCUGUGUUUCAGCUUCUUUACAGCACAUUUACACCAGAUGAAAGAAAUGGUUGGGUGAGGCUGCCUUCUUCGGAUGGCAUCUUGAGGAUUAAUGCUUAUGUGGCUGAGUGCCCAACACUAAUUUUCUUUAUCCUGGGAUAUGUGUCUUUCCACAUUCUAUCAUCAAAAGAGCUAAUGUGAGGUCAGUAGGCUUUGUGAGCUCCUUCAUCCUGGAUUUGACAGAAAAACUAUUUAUGGAUUCAUCAAGCCAUGUCCAUCUAUCUUCUGAGGAGAGAGAGAUGUUGAGCAGCUUUGGGAAAAGAUGUUUCAUUCAUUAAAUUCUCUCUGUAACAUCUUACCAGUUUUCUUGACACCCAAAUAUUGUAAGAUCAGGCAGGUUGUCUCGUGAGAUUAGUCGAGGUACGUGUAAGUUGGUCCAGAUACUCACAAGUACUGAAAAAAAGCAGGGGAGAGUUACUGUAAUGAGCUGCCUUAUAGAUUUUAGCUUGUUGCCUAGCAUGGCUUGCUUUCUCUCAAGCUUAGAGAUACAUUUGAAAUCAUCAUUUGUAGUCUAUGAUUUUCCAUAGAAAACGAACAGGAAUCAGCUUGUAGAACAUAGUUGUAUGUUUCCACUGAAAUUGUGUUUUAUAUACUGUUUUAACAGGCAACUUACAGGUAGAUCGAUUUCUUUGUAGGAUAACAGGAUUUGGGUUUCAUUACGUCCAAAGUUUAGGAUAUUAUCUAAUUGGUUCCAAAUAUAGCAUUAUCUGUCACUUCACGUUGUCUGUGAAACCUUCUAUUGCACAACAUGAUUUUUUUUUUUAUUAAUGACUCAUUUUUCCGCAGUUUUCUUGGCGAGUGGUCUAUGUAUAGACUAUGGAAGGUGCAAAGCUUUGUUUCCUUCCUUUAUGAUGGGUUGUAGUAGAAUCUGAACACGCAUGAGAAUGUCCUUAUCUUGUUCUUUCAAAAUGGUAUCAAUUCUUUCCACAUAGGGACAUUCUUAUAUGCUUGUACAGAUGAAAGAAGAUAUUUGCAACGUGGGCUUAUUUUCAGUUGGUAUAGCCUCUUUUUCUGAUUCUUUUGUUCGUUUUGGUUGUUAAGUCCUUUUUCUUUCUGCAUGGUGUUUUAGAUCCUUCUACAUUCUUUAAUGACAUUUCUGUUCUUUACAAGAAAAGCCUUUUGAAACCUCUUAGCCUUUAUCAAUGUCAUGCCUCCUUAUUUACCACGAGAUCAAUCUAUGAUAAUUUGGUACUGUUUCUAUUGAAUUAUGGCCUCUAAUCCUUGAAAUACGUGGGCUUCGAGCUCUGCUAUUUUCUACCCCAAACAACUUCUAGCAUAGCAAAUUCGAUCAGUUUGAUAUUUUGAGAUUUAUUUCCUUCAUGGCAAAUUGUGAGAGCAUGGAUUUGAGCUUUUCACUUUUUAUUUAUUUAUUUUUUCUUCCAUUGUCAAGUUGGGGUGGGGAGAUUUGAGCGAACUUUUGAUUGCGAGUGUGAGCAUUAACUAGUUGGACUAUAUUUAGGUUAACGAGCAUUCAUUUUUUAAAAGUUUAUUGAUGUAUUAAACAUUAAUAUAUAUUUAUAUUGGCAGUAUAGUUUGAUUUAAGAGAA